UCACUAAUUCAGUGUAGGCCACUAAAGGUUAUAAUCUAGUGCGGGAGAGCGCAGUGAAUGAUAUAUGCGCCAAAUCAUCUUCUCCUACUUUCCCUUGCCCACAUACAUAUCUUUUGGACGGUUCCUGAUUCUCUCGACGAGAUCUCUCCUUCCACGGUUCGGAGAGCGAUGUCGAAAGCUCGUGUAUACACGGACGUUAACGUGAUCCGGCCGAAGGAGUAUUGGGAUUACGAGUCUCUCAACGUUCAGUGGGGGGAGCAAGAUGAUUACGAGGUUGUCAGGAAGGUUGGGCGAGGCAAAUACAGUGAGGUGUUUGAGGGGAUUAACAUCAACAGUAACGAGAAGUGCGUUAUCAAGAUUCUCAAGCCUGUCAAGAAGAAGAAGAUUAGAAGAGAGAUUAAGAUACUUCAGAAUCUCUGUGGAGGGCCAAAUAUUGUGAAGCUGUUUGAUGUUGUCAGAGAUCAACACUCAAAAACACCAAGCUUGAUAUUUGAGUAUGUUAACAGCACUGACUUUAAGGUUCUGUAUCCGACUUUGACUGAUUAUGACAUCCGUUACUACAUCUAUGAGCUCUUGAAGGCAUUGGACUACUGCCACUCCCAAGGUAUAAUGCACAGAGAUGUCAAGCCACACAAUGUCAUGAUUGACCAUGAGCUGCGCAAACUUCGCCUGAUUGAUUGGGGUCUAGCUGAGUUUUACCAUCCUGGAAAAGAGUAUAACGUCCGUGUGGCCUCAAGGUACUUCAAGGGACCGGAACUUCUAGUGGAUUUACAGGACUAUGACUAUUCCUUGGACAUGUGGAGCCUCGGUUGCAUGUUUGCUGGGAUGAUAUUCCGCAAGGAACCUUUCUUUUAUGGCCAUGACAACCAAGAUCAGCUCGUCAAAAUCGCCAAGGUCCUUGGAACCGAUGAAUUGAAUGCAUAUCUGAACAAGUAUCAGUUAGAACUUGAUGCCCAACUAGAGGCACUUGUUGGGAGGCAUAGCAGGAAGCCUUGGUCCAAAUUCAUCAAUGCCGACAACCGCCAUUUGGUCUCACCUGAGGCGAUUGAUUACCUCGACAAGCUACUGCGGUAUGAUCAUCAAGACAGGUUAACUGCAAAAGAAGCAAUGGCUCACCCUUAUUUCGCGCAAGUCAGGGCAGCAGAAAGCAGCAGAACGAGAACUCAGUAGAGACGUUCUCUGAGUAUGUGAAAGUGGUGUAUUUGUCUCCCGUAAGGCUAUUGUUUUCUUUAAAGAAGUUAUGUUAUGUGCAAUUCUAAAAGUUCAUCUGAUAUGCCGAGUGUUUUCAUAUAUUUUCAAACUUGUAGAAUUUUAUUGGAUUUAAAAUAUUUAUCAAGUCAAUAUAAUUGACUCAAUUAUAAAACUUAACAAGUCGAUGAUUUUAUAUGA